AUGAGAGGGGCUCUAACUACCAUCAGACACAUUCGAUUCCAAUCGAUGGGCCCCGUCGAAGCUAUUAUCAAUCAAAAACUCAAGGAGUCCUUCAAGCCAAGCUUUUUAUCUGUGAUCAACGAAAGUCGGCUUCAUGGGUUCAGAAAAGGCAAAGAAUCGCACUUCAAUCUUACAGUUGUCAGCGAUGCAUUCGAUGGACAGAGACCAGUAAAUCGACAACGAUCCGUGAAUAAACUUUUGAAAGAAGAAUUCAAAGAAGGCGGACUUCAUGCUCUUUCAAUGUCGCUAAGAACUGAACGAGAACAUGAAGAGCUUGAAGGAUCAACUCAUAAGACUCCCCCUUGCUCUGGAAAAAGCUAA